AUGUUUUUCUUCACUUUCUUUCCACUCUUACUAUCUCUUUUCUUCAUAAUCAAAUUUUUGUAUUAUUCCAACAGUUCUUCUGCCACCAUAAAAAACUCACCACCAUCACCUCCAAGAUUUCCACUCCUUGUACUUGUGGUUUCUUCUGCUGAUGCAGCAAGAAAAAUAAUGAAAACUCACGAUUUGGUUUUCUCCGAUAGGCCACAAAGUAAAACCUUUGACAUCCUUUUAUACGGUUCCAAGGAUGUGUCAAGUUGUGCAUAUGGUGAGUAUUGGAGGCAAAUAAGGAGUCUCUGUGUGUUGCACGUUCUGAGUAAUAAAAGGGUUCAAUCUUAUCGUCGUGUUAGACAGGAAGAAACUUCAAGAAUGAUGGAAUAUUCUUCUUCUGCAUCGUCGCCGUUGAACUUAUCUGAGUUGUGUUCUAUGGUUACUAAUGAUAUAGUAUGUAGGGUGGCUCUAGGAAGGAGAUACCGUGAAGGAAGAGGGAAGAAAUUUCAGCAAGUGUUGUCGGAGUUUGGGGAAUUAUUGGGUACUAUAUCUAUUGGAGACUAUAUACCUUGGCUUUAUUGGUUGGGAAAAGUAAAUGGUUUUUAUAGAAAGGCAGAAAGAGUAGCCAAACAUUUGGAUGAGUUUAUAGAAGAAGUAAUUGAGGAUCACAUUAGUCGUAGAUCUGAUGAAGAUGUUGGUGUUGAUGAUAAUGAUUUUGUGGAUGUUUUGCUUUCAGUUCAAAAGACUAAUGCUACUGGCUUCCUAAUUGAUAGAACUGCAAUAAAAGCUUUGAUACUGGACAUGUUUGCUGCAGGUACUGACACUACAUACACCGUUCUAGAAUGGGCAAUGACAGAACUGUUAAGACACCAAACCGUGAUGCAUAAAUUGCAAGAUGAGGCUGUGAUCAAAGAAACUCUUCGCCUGCAUGUCCCGAUUCCGUUAUUAGUCCCUCGGAGAUGUAUGGAAGAUAUCAAAUUAGAUGGCUAUGACAUUGCAGUUGGCACACAGGUAAUAGUGAAUGCUUGGGCGAUUGCAAGAGACCCUUCAAGUUGGGAAGAACCUCUAGAGUUUAAACCAGAAAGGUUUAUGAAUAGUUCAAUAGAUUUUAAAGGAUUGGAUUUUGAACUUAUACCAUUUGGAGCUGGAAGGAGGGGUUGUCCUGGAAUGUCAUUUGCCAUUGCUGUGAAUGAGUUGGUGCUAGCAAACCUUGUUUGCCAAUUUGAUUGGAAAUUGCCUGAUGGAGUAGCAGGGAAGGAUUUGGACAUGUCUGAGAGUGUGGGCAUUGCCUGUCAUAGGAAAUACCCUCUCCUUGCUGUGGCUACCAAACAUGAGAAAAAAUGA